AUGAUUCUAUAUAUUUUAGAUGGUUUGGUGACGGACUGCAAAGCUUGAGUCAGGCAUACUUUACUCUUUAUCUACCCUGCGGACAUACUAACCUACAAGGAGGGAAACCUGGAUAUAUACCUUCCAGUUCAGGAGUUGUUGAGCUUGAGAGAACCCGGAUAAACCAAGAAGGAUUGUUACUCCGGGUUCAGAAAUAUACUGGUGUUCAAAUAUUUACAACCCUCUCUCUCAUCAUACCAUACAUUGUGCUCAUAGAGAUUUGGCUGCUGGAUGCAGAACAGAGCUAUCAAGUUGCCGAUAUUCUUCAAUCCAGAUUGUUCCUGUACCUGACCCCUGGAUGUCUACUUCUUGUGUCUACCCUAUCCACCACCAUAUUCUACAUAUACGCUACCAAAGCUAGGAAUGCCGCUAGGACAUGGAAAGGUUUGAAUCUCGGAACUACUCUGCUCCCUCCCUCCUCCUUGGGGACGGACUCUGCGCUGCCCAACUCUACGAGCCUAGAUACAAGUCGACCAUCCACUCAGAUGUCCGAAAAUUCUGCUCCUUUGUCCCUAAACUCAGUGUCCCAACCUGGAACUCCGGGACAACCGCUCAACACGUGGGGACAAAGACCUCUGUCUGAGUAUGAGGACAGGGAAGUUCAUCUAAUUCCGGCCUCGAACAGACCUCAGUCAGCUGUUUAUCCAUGUUUACCUACUGCCCCUGAUCUUGGAUCCCAGGGGUUCAACCGACCUAAACCGGUUCAGCCGGGAAAUAGAAAAUGCGGGAAUGAUGAAUGUGUAGCAUGCGCCUGGAUGAUCGAGGGACCCCAUUUCAGCAGUACAGUUACAAAUAAACAAUACCGGUUUAUGCCAACAGUAACAUGUACAGAUACCUCACUCAUCUACCUAGUCACAUGUAGAAGAUGUAGAAAACAGUAUGUGGGGAAAACUCAGCAGUCCUUGAGAGAAAGACACUAUGGGCAUAGAAGAGAAAUUGAUACUCAGAGCUCACCCUUGGGGAAACACUUUGCUGAAACCUGUGGAAUUGACAGCUGGAGGAUUCAGAUUAUUGAUCAAUGCCCUACUUCGGAGUUAAAUAGAAGAGAAGGACAUUGGAUCAAAGAACUCAGCUCCUUAUCCCCUGUUGGGCUUAAUAUCAGAGAUGAAACCCGAGGAAACAAAAAUAUUCAUUGAACCUGCUUUGCAGUAAAUAGCAGUCAAUUCAAUUCAAAUCCAGUAAUAAAUCUCAAGGGAACCAAAUGUGAAAGAGAACAUUUUAUUUGAUAUUUCAAUCGCGUAAAACUAUUUGCACCUUUAAGUAUUAUUAUGUUAAUAAUACUGUUAAUAAUAAUAAUGUUUCUCUAA